AAUUUUUUUGAGUAGAAUGUUUUAUAACAAUUUAAUUUAUCCUCUAUAUUUAUUUGAUUUCUUCCAAACUGGAAUCUUGACACAUUGGUCUUCUCCUCGGUGCAUCUUUGUCUCUCACACCUGACAUGGGAGCGAUUUUUUUAAAUUAUUGAUCACUACUCUUUCAAAAUAACCAACGACUUUCUCUCUCUAGGGUUUCGAAGGGAUACUUUCACAGAUACAUUUCUCUUCUCCUCCGUGUAUCUUUGUCUCUCACACCCCUUUCUGUACCGUCCCUACAGCUUACAGAACAAGUUUCCGAGUUUAUUGGAUUCCGUAGGUGACGGAAAAAAGAGGACAUCAGUUUAUUUUAACCGCUUCAAUGGCCUGUUUGAUCUUCUUUUAGCUGUAAUUUCACCGUAGAUUACAUGUUUCCGGUUCAAAAUUCAUGGUGUUUGGUAGAUGCUGAAUGAUUGCUAGUAUGGACUUAAAUGCUUCCCCAUUACCUGAAGAUGAUGAAGAAAUAUAUGAAAGACAUAUAGAACAUUACUCCGUACCAGAAGAACACGUAGAAUCUGCAGUUGAAAUUUCAAGGAGGGAACGUGAGGAAAGACGGAAGAAGUUGAAAAGAGACCGAUCAGAUGAUCACCCAGUACAUGUCUCUCAGCCUCAAGUACUUGAUCACUUUUAUCAAAAUAGGAAUCCCAAGUUUUAUGAUAAAAGUAGACUCCCUCCUGGUUGGUUGGAUUGUCCUUCUGCUGGUCAGGAAAUAGGUUGCAUCAUUCCUUCUAAGGUUCCGCUUGGUGAAUCUUAUAAUGACUGCAUUCCUCCUGGUAAAAGAUACUCUUUUAAACAAGUGAUUCAUCAGCAAAGAGUUUUAGGAAGAAAGCUUGGUUUAGUGAUUGAUUUGACAAACACAUCUCGUUACUAUCAAACGACAGACCUGAAGAAAGAAGGUAUUAAGCAUGUAAAGAUUCAAUGCAGGGGAAGAGAUGCUGUACCUGAUAACAUGUCUGUUAAUACUUUUGUUUAUGAGGUGUCACAAUUCCUCCUACGUCAGAAAUCAAAGAAAUAUAUUCUUGUCCAUUGCACACACGGGCAUAAUCGCACUGGAUACAUGAUUGUUCACUAUCUCAUGCGAUCACAAUCAAUUGUUUUUGUUUUGCCUUUUGUGCAGGCAAUAAAAUUUUUUUCUGAGGCACGUCCUCCUGGAAUUUACAAACCUGACUAUAUUGAUGCCUUGUAUACAUUUUAUCAUGAAAGACGGCCUGAAAUGGUUAUCUGCCCUCCAACUCCUGAGUGGAAGAGGUCUUCUGAUCUUGAUCUCAAUGGUGAAGCAGUCCCAGAUGAUGAUGAUGAUGGAAGUCCAAUUGCAUUACCUGAGAAUCAUGAAACGGAUGUAGUGUUGACAAAUGAUGACAUUUUGGGAGAUGAAAUACCUCAGGACCAGCUGCAAUCACUGCGCUUAUUCUGCUACCAUACAUUGAAGUUAAAUGCUGGGGUUAGAGGAAAUGCGCAGUUUCCGGGAUCGCAUCCAGUUUCACUCAACAGGGACAACUUACAACUUUUAAGGCAACGAUAUUAUUAUGCCACUUGGAAAGCAGAUGGAACACGAUAUAUGAUGUUGAUAACUGUUGAUGGAUGUUACUUGAUUGAUAGGAGCUUUAAUUUUCGAAGGGUUCAGAUGAGGUUUCCAUGCAGACACCCAACUGAAGGUAUAGGGGAUGGAACUCAUCAUUUCACAUUGCUUGAUGGCGAAAUGGUAAUUGAUACCUUGCCAGACUCUCAGAAGCAAGAGAGAAGAUAUCUCAUUUAUGAUAUGAUGGCACUUAACCAUACGCCUAUCAUCGAGCGGCCUUUCUAUGAGCGAUGGAAAAUGCUGGAGAAAGAAGUGAUUGAGCCUCGAAAUUAUGAACGGCAUAACAUCUACCAAAGCAGGAAUCCUUAUUACCGUUAUGACCUUGAACCCUUUAGGGUGCGGAGGAAAGAUUUUUGGUUGCUCUCUACUGUAAAUAAGGUUUUGAAGGAAUUUAUCCCCAAGCUCUCUCAUGAGGCAGAUGGCCUUAUUUUUCAGGGCUGGGAUGAUCCUUAUGUACCUCGUACUCAUGAAGGUCUUCUGAAGUGGAAAUAUGCUCGGCUGAACUCUGUUGAUUUUCUAUUUGAGAUUGGUAGUGACGAUCGUGAACAGCUUUUUCUGUUUGAACGGGGGAGAAAGAAGUUGAUGGAAGGGAAUAAAGUUGAAUUUAGAGAUGCUCCAGAUCCCCCUUCUUCUUUCUCUGGGAAAAUUAUAGAGUGUUCUUGGGAUCCUGAUGAACAUGUGUGGGUCUAUAUGCGGAUCAGGACAGAUAAGUCGACUCCCAAUGAUAUCAAUACUUUUAGGAAGGUUAUGCGAAGUAUCAGGGAUAACAUCACAGAGGAAAUCUUAUUAAAUGAGAUAAAUGAGAUUAUUCAGUUGUCCAUGUAUGCUGAUAGAAUAAGGAUUGACAGCAAGGCACGCAUGCAUGCAAAUGCAGUGCGACGCAGGUAACCGAACAGCAUGCUGGCUGGUGUGUAGUUGAUUUGAUUGAGGUAUUGGAUGCUUGGGUGUGCCUUUGAUUGCAUGCGUGGUCCAAGUUUCUGUUGGUUGCAACUUGAGAGUUAUGUGCAUACCUAAGCUGGUGAGGGCAUCAUGUAAUUAGCUAUCUCUGCUGUUAGUCUUGUAGGGUGAGUUGUAUGAUCCAGGGUGGUACAUUAGUUGAAUAGUUGGGCCACAUUCAGGUUGGAAACUAUUUUUCUUACAGUCGUUCAGAUGAAGAGGAUUAGAAUUAGGGUAACCAAUGUAUAUUAGUGUAUUUCUUUUUCUAGUUUCUCCCCUGUACUGGUGAUCCCUUGAGUAAUAUUAGAAGUAAUCAUUUUCCUGUC